AAUGACGGCACUAAAGCAACAACAGAGGAAUAUAUAAAAACUAUAAUAAUACCAAGAUACCAACAUGACAACAACGAAUCAACAACGACAAUGGCGACUCCAAACGAAUGGCACCAACAUGCGACGAUUCCAAAAGCAAAAAAAGAAUAA